AUGGCUGGAGGUAGCACUCUACAUAUCGUCAGCUCUGCUGCUGCUAAGCACCAGCGGCCUGUAGUAGCCUGCGACCUUGAUGAGGUCCUUGGGCAGUACUUGGCCACUUACACUAAGUGGCACAAUAGGGUCUACGGCACACACUUGAGGGUCUCAGACUUCUUCACGUACCGCUUCUGGGAGGUUCAAGGAG